GUGAAAUUUUUUUUUAUUAAUAUGUUUAUAGAUUUGAAAUCUUACUAAUCUUAGAUAUGAAUUUUUAACUAAAUACUUUUAAUACUACUUUUAAUAGUAUGGUAGAGUACUUUUAGUAUUAACUUCGGGCCCUAGUAAUUAUUACAGUGUUUUAGCCUUAUAAUAUAAUAUAUUAUACACUUGGAUUUAUAAAUAGCGUCGAUUAUUCUUAUAAGUUAUAUAACACUUGACACUUGUAAUAACUAACGAGUAAUAGUUGUAUAAGUUCACUAUUUAUUCACUAUUUAUAGCAGGUACAUAUAUUAUAGUAUAAAUAUAGAUACUGUUAUAGCCAGUUAUAGGCAAUAACACAUUUAAAUUAUCCCCUUACUGUUAUAUUUAUAUUAAUGAUUUAUUUGUUUGGUGAGCUCAUUAAAGAGGUUGUCAGUUUAUUUAUUUACACGACCUAGUUUCUAAAGGUGAACGAAACUACCCUUAUGAUGGACUAAUUUUUUUCAACUAACAUUCGUGUGUGGUAUACCUUCGCAAAACCUACGAGCUAUGUCGCGUGAUCGUUGGUAAUGUUCAUGUAUGAUAUAUAAUAUUAUUACCUGCUUUUGUGUUCAAUCAUAGUAUAAAUUAUAUCGAAAAUUAAAAUUAUAGAAACUAUUGAAGUUAAAUAUGACAAACCGACAGUUAUUUGAUUUAAUAUUCGAUUAUAUAUUGGAUAGUAGGUAACCUACCUAAUAGUGCCAAAAGCAGUUUUGAUUCAGGUUUUUAAAAUUAAUACUUAGAACGGUAGGCAGUUGCCCAGACAUGAUGAUCUUAACCACGGUAUAUAUUAUUGUACACAACAUUAUGCUCAUUACAAUUUGCAAUGGUCUCAAUAUUUACAACAUUGACACUGGUCCAAGGAAUAACGACACAGUUGCUAUAAUCAUAAAUCCAAAGUUUGCUGGAAAUAAAAAUAAUGAAAUUUGGAAUACUAUUGAUGGGCACAUUCAAAAAUUAAAGCAAGAUGUAUUUAAACAAGCCGGAGUGUCCGUCGAAAUUUAUACAAAAACAAACAUCAAACUAUCAAGAGAUAUGGUUUCGAUCUUCAUUGUAUCAUACUGUGAAGAUAUUUGGGAUUUAUACUAUAAAGCUGAAUUCGAAGGAAUUCACGGAUUACUGUAUAUUUCAGUAACAGACACUGACUGCCCUAGACUACCAACCGAUGAGGCAAUUUCUAUUCCUUUGACUACCCAUCAUUCGGAACUAUCUCAAAUGAUAUUGGAUUUAAGAAUGUCUAACGCAUUUUCAUGGAAAUCAGCAAUUUUAAUGCAUGACAAUUCUAUUGGUGAUAGCAUUGUACAACAUAUAGUUACCUCAUUGACAAAGCACUAUUCAAGUAAUAUUUUAUCACCAUCCGUAGCUAUAUUUGAAAUAUUUACUCAAGGAUCUGAGUGGAAAAGGAGGAAAUUAUUUAUGGAGGAGCUUUCACAUUUCUUAAAAAUGAGUGAAAUGAAUUCAAAUUAUAUUUGCAUUGUUAGCAUUCAUUAUGUACCUUUAAUUCUAGAUGUGGCUAAAUCAUUGAAUUUAAUGACUGCUGAAAAUAGUUGGCUAAUUAUUAUUCCAGAUAUAGAUUCGUCUAGAAGUAAUAUAUCAUCAUUUACAAGUCUGUUGAGUGAAGGAGAAAACAUAUCUUUUAUUUACAACUCUACAAAAACAGAUUCUAAAUGUAUUGGUGGUAUGUUAUGUUUGGUUGAUGAAUUAAUGUCUGUAUUCAUAAUGGCCUUCAGUGCAUUGAUUCAACAAGAAAUAGAGUUAUCACAACGAGUAUCGGAAGAAGAAUGGGAUGAAAUUAGACCAUCAAAAACUGAUAGGAGACAAUCGAUGGUGUCGUUCAUCAAGUUACGUUUAAACGAAUCGAGUGUAUGUGAAACAUGUCCAAUGUGGCACAUUGAUUCUGGUGUUACGUGGGGCCAAGAGUAUUUUGGUCAUGGAUGUUAUAUUAUUCCGGUGGGUUAUUGGAAUACAAAAACUGGUUUAAAGCUAACUGAACCACUUUUCUUACAUUUGGCGAAUGGUUUCAGAGGGAUAUCAUUACCUAUUGCUACUUUUAAUUUUCCACCUUGGCAAAUCGUAAAUUUUAAUAGAAGUGGACACUUAAUAGGUUAUAGUGGUUUAGUUUUCGAUAUUGUCGAUCAAUUGGCAAAAACAUUAAAUUUUACUUAUAAUGUCAUUGUCAUAUCUAACUCAGACCAAACGAAUACUACGAGAACUUUAUUUACGCAAAAUAAUAUUUUAGGCGACUAUGACGCUGUGGUCUCAAAACCAAUAUGGGAUAAAAUGAUAGACCUUGUUCGAUCCGAAAGAGUGUUCAUUGCAGCAGCUGCAUUUGCUGUAAAAGAAUCAAAACAGAUAUUUUUUAACUAUACAACACACAUAAGUCUAGAGCCACAUCACAUUUUAGUGGCUAGACCAAAGGAAUUAAGCCGAGCUUUGUUGUUUACUGCUCCGUUUACGUUAUUGACUUGGUUGUGCAUAGCUAUUGUGGUUGGUUUAAUGGGGCCUAUAUUGAAUGUAUUUCAUAUCCUUAGUCCAUACUAUGAAUAUCACAGUAUAACAAGAAAAGGAGGUCUUAACUCGCCAUUAAAUUGUUUUUGGUAUGUUUACGGCGCACUGUUACAACAAGGAGGAGCUCAUUUACCUGAUGCGGAUAGUGGUCGAUUGGUAGUCGGCACCUGGUGGCUUUUCGUUUUGGUCAUCGUCACCACUUAUAGUGGAAACUUAGUAGCGUAUUUGACGUUUCCUCAAAUGGAUACAAUGGUAUCUAAUGUGGCCGAUUUGAUGGCUCGUAAACCUCAAGGAUAUUCUUGGGGAAUACCGAAAACAUCAAAUUUACAUUCAUUACUUAAUUUAUUACCAGAUGAUACGAUGGUCAAAGAAUUAAUUAAAAAUGCAGAACAUCAUGAGGGCUUGGAGGGGUUAUCACGGCCGGUAAUAGAAAGGGUAAGAUCUGGUAAACAUGCAUUUAUUCACCGUCGAACCAACUUGAUGUACAUUAUGAAGAAUGAUUUUCUUAAAACUAAUAGAUGUGACUUUGCUAUAGGACAUGAAGAUUUUGCAGAAGAAAAAUUGGCAAUGAUGUUGGCAAAAGAAAGCCCCUAUCUUAGCAGAAUAAACAGAGAGAUUAAAAAAAUGCAUAAGGUUGGUCUCAUAAACAAAUGGUUGGUAGACACUUUACCCAAAAAAGACCAAUGCUGGACUAACACACAGUUAGAAGUAACAAAUCAUAAAGUAAACUUAGAUGAUAUGCAAGGAUCGUUUAUUGUUUUAUUAUUGGGUGUAUUAUCAUCAAUGGUGUCAUUUGUAUUUGAAUAUUUAUUAGACAAAUACAUAAAUCGACGUCAAAUAGUAAUAACACCAUUCAUAAACUGAUAUCAAACAACUGUAGGUUCAAUAGUCUUUUUUUUUUAUUAAAAUAAAUAGAUAACAUUGGUAAUUAUUCUUACAAAUAAUUAAACACAUAAAUAUACAAAUAAUUUUAUUUAUAUAUAAUAUUAUCUUGAAAUUAUAAUUUAUAAAUACCAUUUCUUCAUGUUGAAUCGUUACUUGAGAUGAUUUUUUUUACCAGUAAUAUCACCAAGAUAAGUAAAAAGGUUUUUUAUUUUAUAACUUCGUAUACGGUUAGUGAAAUAAUGCGAUACUACAUUGUCAUCUAAA